GUGAACCCUGCGCCUGAACGCACCCAUUUCAGCCUCAGGCCACACGGAGACCGGAAACCCAGCGCUGGAGCUGCUUAUAUAAGCGCGUGGGCGCGCCACGCGGCCCCGCGCAGCUUAUCGCUGUGCGCAGCCUGCUCAGGGUUGAAAAGAACUACGUUUUCACCACUAUUUAGCGGGGGCGCCGACAACAACCCCCGCAGUUUCUUCCCAACGCGCACCAUGCCGCUACAAAAAGGCGGAAUGCCGCGCCUAUUCGCGCUAGUGCUGACCCUCGGCCUCGCCGCCCUUCUACUCUCGUGCAAAACCCGUCAGCAGCCACCAUCUCACGCCCGAUCGACCAAGCGCCCCGUCCCCGCCCAAUGUGCGGCGAUUCUCGCGCCACAGUCUCCCGCGUCGAGCUAUCCCGCGCACCGGCAGCAGUCCGACCGGUACGUGCGCGGCACGCGGCCUGUGCUGCUCCGGAACGCGACGCUAUGGACGGGGCGCGACGAGGGGCGCGAGGUCGUGCGCGGCGCGAGCGUGCUGCUCGACCGCGGGCUCGUCGUCGCGGUGCUGGCAGAGAUUCCCGACGCCGCGCGCCUGGCGGAGACGUGGGGCCUGCCUGCGGGGCUGCUGGAUGUGGUGGACGUGCACGGGAAGUGGGUCACGCCGGGGAUGGUCGACGCGCACUCGCAUCUGGGGGUGCGGAGCGCGCCGCAGCUCGUUGGCGCGUCGGACACCAAUUCGGUCAAGGCCCCGAUCCUUCCCUGGCUGCGGAGCGUGGAUGGCCUCAACACCCACGACGAUGCGUAUCGCCUGACCAUGUCGGGUGGUGUGACGACGGUGCAGGUUCUCCCUGGCAGUGCCAACAAUAUCGGCGGCCAGGCGUUCCUCAUGAAACUGCGACCGACGGCGGAACGAUCCACAUCGUCCAUGCUGCUCGAGCCUCCUGCAAACCUGCACAUCAACGACACCAACCUCGACAGCCGGCCGAGAUGGCGCCACAUGAAGCAUGCCUGCGGCGAAAAUCCCAUGCGACUGUACUCGCAAACGCGUAUGGAUGCCAGCUGGAACUUCCGGCAAGCGUACAACGAGGCCCGCAAGAUCCGCGAUGCACAAGACGCGUUUUGCGCCGCGGCCGAACAGGGAUUGUGGGAUGGAGAGACCGCGUUCCCUGAGAGUCUGCAGUGGGAAUCACUGGUCGAUGUUCUGAGAGGUCUCGUCAAGAUCUCGACCCACUGCUAUGAACCGGUGGACUUGGACUCUCUGAUCCGCCUAUCCAACGAAUUCAAGUUCCCAAUCGCGUCCAUUCAUCACUCGACUGGCACCUAUCUGGUCCCCGACCUGCUCAAGAAGGCCUGGGGAGGGCCUCCAACGAUCGCUGUCUUUGCAUCGGACUACAGACCCAAGCGCGAAACAUACCGGACCUCCGAGUUUGGCGCGCGGAUUUUGGCGGACAACAAUCUGACGGUGGUCAUCAAAUCCGACCACUUUGUGACAGACUCGCGGUUCCUGAUGUUCGAGGCGCAGCAAGCGUACUACUUUGGACUCAGCGGCGCGCUCACCCUAUCCGCUGUGACGACGAAAGCCGCCGCUUCUCUGGGAGUGGAAUGGCGCGUAGGAACAAUAGCAGAAGGCCGGCCAGGAUACGAUGCCGAUAUCGUUGUGUGGGACUCGCAUCCCUUGGUGCUCGGUGCGAUUCCAGAGCAGGUCUACAUCGACGGCAUCCCGCAGAUCGACACGCCGUUCCUGUCGCCCAAGUCCGAGGCUCUGCAGCAGGCGCCCAAGACGCCGAACUGGGACAAGGAGACGGCCGAGACGCUCGCGUCCGACGGGCUUCCGCCGCUCGAGGGUCGACUGACCAGCGGCCCGGUCAAAUUCAUCGGCGUGAAAAGCCUGUGGAGGAAGGACGCGAACGGCACCUGGGCUGAGCACGUCGCCGGUGACGAAUCCAGCUUCAGCGUGAUCGUAGAGGACGGUAAGGUAGUGUCACAGUGCAGUUCGGCCUGCGCGCUCGAUGCCGAGACCGUCGUCGACCUGGAAGGCGGGUCGCUCGCGCCCGGGCUGACCUCCUUCGGGUCGUAUCUCGGGUUGAGCGAGAUAGAAUUAGAGCCCUCGACGAUGGACGGGUGGGUGUUCGAUGAGCUGUCGCCUGACGCGCCGCCCCCGCGUGUCCUGGGCCACGCCGUCGUCCGCGCCGUCGAUGGGCUGCAGUUCGGCGGCCGCCACGCUCUACUCGCCUACCGGGCCGGCGUGACGAUGGGCAUCACCGCGCCCAUGGGCGACUUCACGCGCGGCCUCGGCGUCGCAUUCGACUUGGGGGCCAGCAACGCCGUCGACGCUGGAGCCGUCGUGCAGGCGGAGACGGCGCUGCACGUCGAGGUGACGCUGUCGUCGGGCCUCAGCGUCAGCACGCAGAUCGCCGCCCUGCGCCGCUCCCUGCGCAGCGGCGACGGGCCGUGGGCCCGGGUUAGGCAGGGUGAGAUCCCGGUGGUGGUCAUCGUGCACAGCGCGGAUGUGAUGGCGACGCUGCUGGAUCUCAAGCGCGAGAUCGAAGAGCGCACGGGGCGCGUCCUGCGCAUGACGUUCGCCGGGGCGCUCGAGGCGCACCUGCUCGCUAAAGAGAUCGCGCAGGCCGGGGUCAGUGUCGUCAUCGCCCCGGGGAAACCGUUCCCAGCCAUGUUCGAGAUGCGCAGGAGCAUCCCCGGCCCUCCGCUCACGCAGGACUCGUCGUUCACCAUCCUGCUCAAGCACGGCGUGAACGUCGGGAUCGGCAUCGAGCAGGUGUACCUCGCGCGCAGCGCCCGGUUUGACAUGUCCAUGACGCAGGUGAACUCCGCCGGGGUCAUCGAUCGCGCGACAGCGCUUGCGAUGGCGUCAACCAACGUCGACCGCGCGCUCGGCUUGGAAGCGGAGAGGCGCACGGAGGAGCUCGUUGCGUACCGCGGCGGCGGGCUGUUCGACAUGGCGAGCAAGGUCGUCGCUGUCGUUUCCGAGCGGCGUGGGACGGUGGUGCAGUUCUAG